UUAUCUUCACCUCCGGUAUGGCUUCCACCACCGUCGACUCACCGCCACCUCCACCGCCGCCGCCGCCGCCUCGCAAAGGGCUCCGUCUCGAGUCUAUCGGCACAAUCGACCUCCGACGACUGUCUCAAUCAGAACUCUAUGAUCUCUCUCUAUGUUCUGAGUCCGCCUUUGAUCCUCGCCGCUGCGACGACAUCGUCAUUCCUAAGAUCGACCGUUCCGUCUUCAACGAGUCUGCCGGCAGCCGGAAACAGACUUAUUCUCGUCUCCGUCUCGCCACUCGUAAGCCAGAAUCCUCUUUCGCCGCAGGCGCCACUGGAGCAACUGUUUCCACUUCCACACCUCAACUCCGUGAUGAUCCUGAGCGAGCGGAAGAUUCUCGGAUUAUCGGGCUCUUGAAGGAUCUUUUAUCAGCGAAAAUGAAAGGUAAUGAGUUGGUUCCUUUUCGUGUUGAAUGUAAUGAUUCAGUUCCUCAAUUGCCGAUAGUGGAUGAACUGCGGAGUGUGGUUAAUGUGCCGAAUGUGGGUAAUUCUGUGAGGAAAAGAGGAAGAGGAAGGCCUCGAAAGAAUGAGAAUCGUUUGGCAUUGGUUGCGCCUGAGGUUAAAGUGGUAGAGACGUCUGCUGAGGCGAAGGUGGAUAAGAAAGAAGCAGCGAGAGAAGACGUUGCACUUGAUGCUAAUGUGGUGAACAUGGACAAGAAUAUCUUGAACAGGGACGGCAACGCCGUGAACUUGGGAGAGCUUGGUAACAUGGAGGAUCCUUAUGGUCCAGAACUUGGGAGAAGGACUGCAGGUUUAGCCAAAGAGGAGGAAUUGCUGGAGUUUCUGAAGGGGUUCAAUGGACAAUGGGCCAGCAGGAGGAAGAAAAAGAGGAUAAUUGAAGCUAGUGAAUUUGGGGAUAUGUUGCCCAAAGGUUGGAAGCUUGUUCUUGCCAUCAAGAGGAAAGUAGGCCGUGUUUGGUUGUUCUGUCGCCGCUACAAAAGUCCUAGCGGGAGGCAGUUUGUAUCGUGCAAGGAAAUUUCUUCCUAUUUGUGCCUCAUUCAGAGUCUUCUCAGUUCAAAUAAGGAAACUUCCUCUACUCUAUUGAAUAACUCUCCAUUGAGGAACUCUACUGAGGCUGGUGAUCGUGUUGUCCAAGAAAACAAGAACGGUGAAACUUCAGUUACAGACAUUUUGAGUAAUAAUGUGGCUCAAGCAACUGCCAAGGAUAUAAAUACACAGGAGGUACAACCAGCAGAGAUUUUCAAUUGCAAUAAGUGCACUGUGACUUUUGACACGAAGGAUGAUUUGUUGCAGCACCAAUUAUCAUCUCAUAGGAGAAAGAGGUGUAGAUUUGGGGAAUCUGUUACUGACGGAGUGAUAAUAAAAAGUGGGAAAUUCGAGUGCCAGUAUUGCCACAAAACAUUCAAUGAAAGGAAUCGAUAUAACGGCCAUAUGGGUGCCCAUAUAAGACACGAUCCGAAGAGCGGAGUCGCAUCACCUGCUUGCCAAUUAGAUCAGAAUGAAGGUGACCCUCUACCACCAAGUGGAAUAAUUUCUGAAUUCGCUGCGCAAGAGUUGAUUGAAGAAGAUGUCAGCCAUACUGCAGAUACAAAUGCUAAGAUUGACGAUAUGUCUAUCACCGUGCAAGAGUUGACUGAAGAAAAUGUCAGCCAUACUGCAGAUACAAAUUCUAAGGUUGACGAUACGUCUAUCACAGUUCAAGAGUUGACUGAAGAAAAUAUCAGCCAUACUGCAGAUACAAAUUCUAAGGUUGAAGAGAUGUCUAUCACAGUGCAAGAGUUGACUGAAGAAGAUGUCAGACAUACUGCAGAUACAAAUUCUAAGAUUGACGAGAUGUCUAUUACAGUGCAAGAGUUGACUGAAGAAGAUGUCAGCCAUACUGCAGAUACAAAUUCUAAGAUUGUCGAGAUGCCUAUCACAGUGCAAGAGUUGAUUGAAGAAGUUGUCAUCCAUACUGUAGAUACAAAUUCUAAGAUUGACGAGAUGUCUAUUUCUCUGGAAGAUGAACCAAGAAAUGUGUUGUCCUGUGAAGAACAAAGAUUUGGUUGUGACAAAAGUGAAGGAAACUUGGCUGAGGAACAUCGAAAUAAACAAGGAGACAAUAAGGCAAGUGAGGUUAGUUUUGGAUGUGAAAAUGAAGAAGUUAUUACAGAGAGCUUCACCCUGUCCGAAUCUGCUAAGGAAAAAAUAUAUGAUUUCUCAAUUUCUGGGGGUGAGGGUUCAAAAGUGCCGAAUCAAGAGGCAGGAUUUUAUGACAUAGCUUCUAAGAAUGUUGUGGAAGUUGAGAUUGAAAAUUUAAUAACCGUGGCUGAAAAACAAGUUAAGUUGACAAUCCAUGGUUUGUCCAGUCAUCUUAUUGGAUCAGAUGAGAAUCCUGCCAAUGAAAGUGACAAGCAUGCUAGUCCUGGCGGUGGUUCAAUCGCCUUUCCUACUAGUGAUCAGUUCUCCAACCAUGCCAAUGCUGGAAAUGUGUCAUAUUAUUAUACUCCCGGCUCAGAAGAUUUGAAGGAAAACAGAGAAGGUGGAGGUCAUGAAGUCGAGUCCAUCGCAAACAAUCCUAUUGUCGAGUCAAUGGCUGGUUUUGGCAGUGGAGAUGCUGAAAAUGAGGUGGAGGCAGUUACCAAUUCUGAGAAGAGUCCCAUAACCAAUUUGUUUGAUUCAUCAUGGAAACUUCAUGAACGGGUUGCAGAGGACAACAGGAACAACACAGAUACUCUCUUUGCAAUUCAAGAAUCUGGGCCAAGUAAUUAUCUUGAAAAUGAUUUGCCUUUUUUACCUUGCUAUAAGCAAACUUUUGGUUUAACAAAUGAUAUGAACAACUUCUGUGCUAACAGAACAAAUGAGCAACCUGAACUUGUUUUUGGUAUUAAUCAUGGCAAGCAAAGGAUGCAGGAAAGAAGCAUGGAGUAUGGUUCACUUGUCUCGAGUGAUCAAAAUAUAUUCCAGAAUAAGGAUAAUUUAGCUCAACAGGAUAUUAUGUUCGAUACUGGGUUGUUUGCUGGGCAAACAUCUAAUAACGAUGUGAAUGCAAUGAGACUCAACGAUGUUCGUAAGUCAAGUAACAACAGCGAUCUGAUGCUUUCUUUUGGUAACCACCACGAGAAUAAUCCAGAGAUGGCUACAAAUUAUAUGCGUGAUUUCUCAGUUGGACAGACAUUCAAUUCUGAGAUUGGUCUGAGUAGUGCGGCUGGGGUGGAGCAGAAACAAGAAAGUUGUAUACUAGGGCUAAUUUCUCAUGAUCAUCAAGCAUGUGUUACUGGAAAUAACAUGUAUAAACAUGGGAUAUGGGAGGAACCAGGAAAUGGUAAUAACGGGCAUGAGAAGCUGGUGAUGGGUUUUGGAAGCAGCAGCAGCAGCCACAUGCAGCAGCCACAUGGUGCUCAUAUGGCGGCUGCGGGUUUCUGGAGAACUGGGAUUCUGGCAGAUACAUCUUCAUCUCAAAAGCUGCAAUGUUCAAGCUUUUCCCCCACUUUCAAUAACUUCCCAGAUAAGGUUGAGAAUGGGUCGUCGUCAUCCCUUGCACUGAACAUGAGCCAUGGAAGGAUGAUGAGAGGUUUUGAAGAAGUAUCAGAACCGGGAAGAGCAGAACAAGUGGAGUUCAGCUUUCUGAACAACCAUUCUCUUCCUCUGGAUGGAUCCUCCAAGUCUUAUUUGGAAAUGGGGCAACAGCGACAGCAGCAGCAGCAGCAGCAGCAAAGUUUCAACAAUCAACCACAACCACCCUUUUGGCUUCAAAAGGAAUCUCUAUCACUAAACCUUACUGCUCCGAAUAUGGUUAGUAAUAUCUGCGUCUGGUGCAGAAAUCAGUUCAAUUUCGACCCGGUCCAGUUGGGUAUGCAAUCCACUAUGAUGGACUCGGUUUGUUCUACUUGCAGUGCAAGACUUUCAGAGCCGUUUCUAUAGACUGUCAUAUAUAUGCAUUUCUUCUCAUUGAACUGUUUUUUUUUUUUAUUAUAGUUAGGAUUGUCUUUCUUCAGGUAACAAUCCAAACUUGUAACCUUCUGGGUAUAUAUAUUUUUUUAAAAUUUCUUUGUUGUUGUGACUAUAAUAUUAUAGAGUUUUUUGAAACUGCAUCAACUUAUAUGAAAACUGAUAUUUUGUUACUGAAUACAAUCAUAUUUUCAUU